AGAGCUCUGUCACCCGAGCAGACACUGCCGCGCGCUGGCCAAGACUCUCGCAUCUCUGAAACAAAAUCUUCUCUUUUACACUUAAAAACAAACGGAUUGACACCGUCAACAGCAAUACAACAUUUCCAGAACCCUGUGCCGCUUCGCGGAGACCGAAAAAGGCCGAGCGAAACAAUUUUGUUUUGAACUGUCUUUUUGUUCUGAUAGUGAAUCUUGAUUUGUUUAUCUUUUAGUAGUUUAUCAGGGACUGGUCGCGAGAAUCUUUUUUGAAGAGGGCGCUGUGCGUGUGCGUAAACACAGGCGUCUCAAGUCUCGGGUACGCGCUAAUGAAUAGACUUCACUGAAUGGAUUUUUAUAUUUAGAGUUUAAUGCGCCUCUUAUCCCAGCGGGAAAUAUUGGGCAGCGAGGCAGAAACGGACGCGCUCUGCGACCUCGCGGCAUGGCAUUUUUAUGACAUUUGAAGCUCUUAGAAUCCAUGCGGACAGGAGACUCUGACCGAUUUGUAUGUGCUUUCUAACGGGUUCCGGUGCGCUAACGUGGUGUAAACUCCAGCCGGUGAAAAAAUGAUGGCUGUCGGGGCAGUUCAGCAGAACAUGAUCUUCUCUACUCCUCAGCACCUCUCACAGUCGCCACACAUGGACCCGGAUCUCACGGAUUCCCGAAAGAGACCCUUGGAAACACCGACCGAGGCGAGCAGCACCAAGCGCUCCAACAACGGCGAGGAGGGUGAAUAUUUCCUGAAGGUGUUGAUUCCCAGCUAUGCCGCUGGUUCAAUCAUCGGUAAAGGGGGGCAAACCAUCGUGCAGCUUCAGAAAGAGACUGGAGCCACCAUCAAACUGUCCAAAUCUAAAGACUUCUACCCAGGUACGACAGAGCGUGUUUGUUUGAUUCAGGGUACGGUGGAAGCUCUGAAUGGGGUUCAUAACUUCAUCGCUGAAAAGGUUCGCGAGAUGCCUCAGAGCAGUCAGAAGACCGAACCAGUCAGCAUUCUCCAACCACAGACUACUGUUAACCCUGACCGUGUUAAACAGGCUAAACUGAUCGUGCCCAACAGCACAGCAGGACUCAUCAUCGGUAAGGGUGGGGCAACAGUUAAGGCUGUGAUGGAGCAGUCGGGAGCCUGGGUACAGCUUUCUCAGAAACCUGAGGGCAUCAAUCUGCAGGAGCGUGUCGUGACAGUGAGUGGGGAGCCAGAGCAAAACCGCAAGGCCGUGGAGAUCAUUGUUCAGAAGAUCCAGGAGGACCCACAGAGCAGCAGCUGUCUCAAUAUCAGUUACUCCAACAUCACCGGCCCUGUGGCCAACUCCAACCCAACCGGAUCCCCCUUCGCCAACUCUACAGAGGUAUUACCCAACGCCGCAGCAGCAGCUACAGCCUCCACGCUCCUUGGCCAGGCGAGUCUCGCGGGCAUGGGUGGGUUCCCUACGGCCAUGUCAAGUCUUUCGGGUAAUGAUCUGCUUGCCAUUACAUCUGCUCUGAACACUCUGGCCAGUUAUGGCUACAAUACCAAUACACUGGGGCUUGGCCUCAACCCGGCCGCUGCAUCUGGGGUUCUUGCUGCCGUUGCAGCUAGCGCCAAUCCAGCGGCUGCAGCGGCUGCCAAUCUGCUUGCUACAUAUGCCAGUGAGGCUUCUGGAGGGGGCGGCCACCCUGCCGGACCUAGCUUAGGGGGCUUCUCACUGGGCUCCCUAGCAGCCGCCACAGGGGCGUCUAAUGGUUACCUGAAUCCCUCAUCCCCGCUGGUGGCAUCAUCUCUGCUGGGCACAGAGAAGCUGGCAGAAGGUGGAAAGGAGGUGGUGGAGAUCGCUGUGCCGGAGAACUUGGUCGGUGCUAUCUUGGGAAAAGGCGGCAAGACUCUCGUGGAGUAUCAGGAGCUGACAGGGGCACGGAUUCAGAUCUCCAAAAAGGGAGAGUUCAUUCCAGGCACACGCAAUCGCAAGGUGACCAUUACAGGGUCGCCGGCAGCAACGCAGGCUGCCCAGUAUCUCAUCAGCCAGCGAAUCACAUACGAGCAAGGCGUCCGUGCCACCAACCCUCAGAAGGUGGGCUAGGGAUGGACAGGAGUGGGGAGGGGAACGACGAAAGCGAAGGAAACCAGAGAGAAUGAAUAGAUGACUGAAUGAAUAUAAUAUAGAGAGAACGGGAUGGGUUCCAGCAAGAAACAUGUUCAAAUAUUUAAACACAAAAUAAGGAACGAUUACAAAACAAAUGAAAAACGAUCUGAUGGAACUGUGGAUAGAUAAUCUGUUUGGGGAGAAAUUUGAUAUUUUGUGACUUAAAUUCUGAUGUGUUUUUAAAGUUGUGUUACGUUGUGUAGGUCAGAGUAUCGUGCCCUGGGGCAUUCAGAGGAGGAGGAGAUCAGACCUCACUUCCUCUCUCUUAGCCAGGGUCUUUUGGAUUUUAUGUUCAAUUUUUGGCUUCCAUUACACAACCCUUACAGUUUAAUUCAUAUUUAAUCCACACCCUGAGCAAGGAAAUUGGAGUUUGAAGCAGUCCCCAUUUUGAUUUCAGUAAACUCAGUCUCCGAAUCUGUUGUGUAGUCCUGAAAUGAAAAGGAAGAUACCUUUCAAAGAUUUCCAUAGGUAUUGGCAUUUCCAUUAUUGUUUUCAACUGAGACUUAAUCUCAAACACCUGGAAAAAAUCUCUAUUAUUCUCCAUUAUGGUCAUGUUUUCUCAAACCUGUGAAUCCAGGUUGACCUGAAUGUAUAAAGACUUCCUGACAUUGUUGUUUUUUAUGUGUAAAUAGAGCAUCAAAUUGAGAUGCUUUUGAGAGUAGAUAACUAACCUUCAGCCACAGACAGACAGAGAUGGAUAUCACAUGUCAAAGUUCAGAAACUCAACAUUAGUGAACUGGAAUGUAAUACACAUACAUACAAGUGCAGUUUAGUCAUGGUUUCCCACUUUGGUGCUAUAAGAAAACACAUUUGAACAGAUUUUGUUGUCAUUCUACUGAUUUUAGUAUUUAUGGGAGAGUUUUGUUGAGCCCUCAUGGAUUAUUGGGGGCAUUUUACGAUUUACUCAAGACUGAGAGUGAGUGGAUAAUCAAAAGAUCCCAACAGAGCAGAGACACAACAGUAGGAUCUUAAAAGUGGUCUGUUUUGUCUCAUUGACUUUUAACUCUUACUACUACAGAAAACCUUUGGACACUACCAAGGAAUUAAAGUCCUUAGAAUCCUGAACUUGAAAAAUAAUUGGACCUGUUUAGACAGAUGUACCUCUUAACUCCUCCUCUUUCCUGAUUGGAGGAGCCAGGCAAUGUCUGUGCCUGUUUUGUUUGAAAGGAGCUCAGGUUGUCAUACCUCAUGUUUGUGAAGAAGGAGAAAGAUUUCCAGUUUGUAUGCAGUACAGCAAAGUCUUGGGUGUAUAACCGAUGCCACCUCGUUCACAUCGAAGUGAAUCCCUGUUUGUGUCAGACUGGCAGCAGAGGUGCGGCUGAGGUAGUGAACGAGAGACUAAAACGACACAGCUUUUGUAACCUGUGUGAACUCAUUCGAAGGCCGGAGGAUGCUACUGUAAUGACUGUCGACCUUCAGCCUUCUUCAGUAAAGCAGCGUUGCUGCGAGGUGAACUCUGGCAGGCUAACUGAUUAUAAUUCUGCUUCCUUUGAGAAACCAAACUGCAGGCCGUAGUGUCAGACGCACAGCUCCCUUUGCCCAACAUUCUAAAGCAUUGCUGGAGAGUUUCACGAGCUCUCCACAUUUUCAUCAGUUGCACAGACUGGUGGUCAUAGUUACUCAUUAGUUAAUUCCACAGUUGUACACUGCAUCAAAAUCUUUGCUGCUAACAGCAUUUUCAGUCUUGCCAGCAAUUGGCUCUUGCAUGGAGAGUAAGCAGGAGCUCCCGUACAGGGCGAGUGAUCGUCUCUGAACCACACUGUGAAUCCAGCGGCCUGACGCUAUCGCAACUAUGGAAUGUACUGUACAUACUUCACACCAUCGAGAAUGUGUCCACCGAGACACGGCGUGACGGAAUAAAGCAAUGAAACCGAGCGAGCACAAGAACACGGGCCACGAGGCUCCGCUGUAGGAACGUCUACCUGUAGUGUACCUUGCUCUUUCACAAAACCAGAGGUCACUGAGGGUCUGAUCCCCCACUCCCUCCCACCCCGGCACCCAGGCCUGUCAUUAAUUAGCAGAUCUCCAUUUGAACCCUGGACUUCUAUUUAUAACAACACUGCACAUCCCAAUCUACUGCUGACCUACAUACACACUCUAAAAGACAUUCAUCAUCUCCCUCCAACUACCAGCCCUCUAAUCUACUCACUAGAGGGGAAGCGGAAACGUAGAAAAAGGAGGGAAGAGAGAGGGAGAGAGAGAUAGGGUGAGAGAGUAACCUAUUUAUAUCCAUUACAUAAUUGUGAGGAAUAUUAACAUUUCCACAACUCUGAUUAUUGCUGUUUAAAUACCGUUCAACAUAUCAUUUAACAUGCCAUAUGCUUAAAGUACUCCCAAACUGUUUACUAUGUUUCAGUACCAGCCGUGAGAUAUCAGGUUCUCCAAAUAUUAAUUAUUGUUCAGUUCUGUUUGGAGAUCAAACUGUGUACCUGAUUUCAGAAGCACAAGCACUUGGUGCAGCAAUAUGAGGAUAAUAUGAUUACAGAAAGGGAGAUGUAAUUUAUAUUUGGAGAAAAACAGUUCGAUUUGUGGACACUCUUGACAUUAAGAUUAGUUCUGUCUCUCACUCUCUCUGUGUCCUUCCUCUGUCUUUGCACUACCUCUUUUACUUCCCUCAUGUCUUGCUCUCUCACCAGUUUUCUAGCUUUGGGUUUGUCUCUCCGUUCCACUUUCGCUUUCUUCCCCUCCAGGCUGCUGGUCGCCACGGAUGUGUUGUGUGUGUGUGUUUACUGCGGAGGGUGUGUGUCUCCACAGGGGCCAAUGGGUAUUCUGCCCUGUCGUGAAGACCAUACCUCUGGAUUAAUACGCCACAUAGUCUAACAUUAAUACACGUGAUCAGAUUCUCAUGCUCUCUGCCUGAUUGAUUCAGUAUUCUACCUUAAACUAGCUAGAACAGGGAAUCUGUGCUCUGAGAGAACGUAGAGGUUUGUAAACCCAGAGCAAAGAACUCUGGGUAAAAAAAAAAAAAAACGAAACAAACAAAAAACAAUAACCUAUGGGAGAUGGAUGUGACAGCCACCUCAAACUCAGACGAUGACGUCAGUGUCGUUUGUACUCUGGGUUCUCUCUCCUCUCUCUGAGAACUAUCGAAGAUCAUUUCUGCAUUUUCCCUUAGUUUUUUAAAAAUGAAACUGUGGAAACCGUCGCGUCUCAUGUUCUUUGUGUAUUUUGGUGUAGUUCCUCUAGUUUGUGGUCUAAAUGCAGUCUUGCGCUGUUGGUUUCAGUGUGUGAUUAUCCGUUAUACUCGUGUGGAUGAUGAAAGUGCCAAUCAAGCCUGGUUAAGAUUAGCUUUGCGAUUUGUUUGUGCAUUAGAGUUGCUCUCUUUGGAGUGCUGGUGUCCAUAUCUACGUCAUCGAUAAUUUUAGAUCGACUUAAAAUGUAAAGAACUAUUGGAAGCAAUAUUGUAGCAUGUUGUCAAGUUUUGUGUUUUGUUAUGUCCGUUGUAUGAGCCUUUGGAUUUACUACAAAUUUUGAAUGAAUAGGUUUACAUGUACUUUUUUGUAAUACCGUAAGUAAAAAAAAAAAUGAAAAAUAAAAAAUGCUGCUAUUUGAUAAGUGAAAUAUACAGAAAUAUUUUAGUUGAGAAAAAAAAAAACGUCUGGUCUGUUGAUUAGGAUUGUUCUCGUUUUUCGACAGGGGUAUAAACGAGGUGUAUCUAAUAUUAAUGACAUAGACGCAGUAAUAAUAGUCAACCUGUGCCAAACUAGACCUUUACAGCUUCUCGACAUGUAGGUGUGUGAUGAAACAUUAGAUAUCGUUUAACUUAUUUAAAAGCAUUGAACAAGUGCCAAUCAAUCAAUAUCUUUUAGUUCCAAUGAAAAGAUAAUCAGCGAAGAAAAAAAAAAAGACAGCGCAAUGUUAGCAUUGUUUUAACCCCAUAGCUGCAUAGACUAAGAGAAGAAUUGUUUUAUGCAUCCAUAUGGUUUUAAUACACUCAGUAGAGGCAUCCUGUGCAUUUGUUUGACCUGUGGCUUCCGCACUGCUUUUAAGUCAUUGUCCUUGUAGGUCGGCAUGGAGUAGGCAUACAUAUGUUAUACGCAUUCAUAACACAGCCAUUUAUGAAAGUGUGUUUUGUGGAUUUAGGUGUUAUCUUUUUGCACGUCUCUAUUGCAUGAUAUCCAAGUGAAUUAUUGAGGGGUGGGAAAUCAAAACAGACAAACAUGAAAAAAUAUACAUAUAUGUAUAUAUAUACACGUCUUGCGUCGCUCCGAGAAACGGAGCACUCUUUCUUUCGACCACUUCAUUUGUGUUUCUCUGGUUUGUACUGCUUCUGUUUUUCUCGGUCAGAUGGGUGUGGUCUUCUAAAGGCCAGUACACAUAGGCGGCUUGAGAACUGCAGUGUAACCAUGGGAACUGGAGUCAAUCAGGAAUUCAUAAAAGUGAGAGGAUUCCAGAUUUUCCAAGGUUGGAAUGUGUACGUACAUGUGAGACUCCAUCUCUCUGCCUCUAAUUUCAGGGGAAAAUACCACAUGCAUGGAAACGUCAUUUGAGUUCAGUAUUUUGGCUAUGGUCGUUUUUAUUCGUACGAGGAGUUACGUUCAUCGGUUUCAGACUUCUCUAGUUUCUCAGCUUGAUUCUCCUAACCCCACAUGUAAUUAUGAAUGUAUUUACAUUUGCAUUAACUGAAACAAAAUGUUAUUUCAAUGUUAAAUGUCUUUUUAGGUGUGAUGUUUACGGCGGAGGUUGUAAAGUUCAUGUAGCUCGAUCAUAUCUGUCAGUGUUAGGAAGGCCCAGAGCCACAUUAGCACCCAAAAUUCAUUUCUAUCUCUUCCUGUCUGCUGAUGCAUCAAAUGCACUUUACUGAGCAUUAGGUCCCAUCACAAACACACACAGUGUAACCUUCUACUGGAUGCAAAACUGAACCAAGCAACCUGUUUUUAACAUGGAGAACUUUGACAGAUAUAUUGUUGUUUUUCUUGUUGGUGUGUUUUUAUUCUUUUCCCUCUUUGGUGUUUGUAAAUGAGUUGUACUUUUUUAAAGUGUGUUUAUUUUUGUAUUUCUGUUCAUUUUGGGGAGGAGAGGUCAGAAAGAGAGUGUGUGUGAUAUCUGUCCUGCAUUCCACUGUCUCUCCUGUUACAUUCCCUUCUGUGUGUAUGUGUGUGUGAGUGUGAGUGAGAGCGUUUGCAUGGGUGUGUGUGUGUUUGUGAGUGUCAAGAUAAUGACACGCAGACACUCUUGUUACCAUUGUAAUUGCCAACUGUGUGAAGCUGAACUGCUUUGAAAGUGAAAGGUGUUAUUUUUGAUUUUCAAAACUGUACGUUCUGUUCAGUUUAGAGGAAUGGAAAAUAAAUUGCAGAAACCUCUGAAAA